CUGGAAGUGAAAUGUUCUCCUUGAAUCUUUAAAACCCCAUUUUACAGAUAGGUUAUCGUGAGAUUGCAGGCCGAGAGGAUGGCCGCUCGAGUGUAUUUCUCAUUGACUGCUGUUUUAUUGUGUUUGAUCGGAUACUUGAGCAUAACUCAUGCUAAUCAAAGACGAACCACAGUGGAUGGUUACUGUCCGGCGACGCUGACGGUCGUGCCAUCCCAUCGAGGAUGUACCUCUGAUGAAGACUGCCCUGGAGGACACAAAUGCUGUCGAUUUGACUGUGGUCCUGUUUGUGUGCUGCCUGUUUUCAUGAAGCCAGGGAAAUGCCCCAUACCGGAGAUGAUUCCACUGUGUGCUGAAGGUUGUUUCCAUGAUGGCCAGUGUCCUGCCACACAGAAAUGUUGCCCCGCCACUGGUGGCUUUGCAUGCAGUGAACCACGUGGUCAGGGAAGCGGUCAGGCAAGUUGUCAAGUAAGGGGCCAGGCAAGUGGCAUUGGCCAGGGCAGUGUCAAGGGAGGUGGCAUUGGCCAGGGCAGCAGUAUUGGUCAUGGUAUUGGUGGCGUUGACCAAGGCAGCAUCAAGGGAGGCAGCAUUGGCCAGGGAAGUAAUAUUGGUCGUGGCAUUGGCCAGGGAAGUGGAAUUGGCCAGGGCAGCAUCAAGGGAGGCAGCAUUGGCCAGGGAAGUAAUAUUGGUCGUGGCAUUGGCCAGGGCAGCAUCAAGGGAGGCAGCAUUGGCCAGGGAAGUAAUAUUGGUCGUGGCAUUGGCCAGGGCAGCAGUAUUGGUCACGGUAUUGGCGGCAUUGGCCAGGGAAGUGGAAUUGUCCAGGGCAACAGUAUUGGUCGUGGCAUUGGAAGUGGAACUGGCCAGGGCAGCAGUAUUGGUCACGGCAUUGGCCAGGGAAGUAGUAUUGGUCGUGGCAUUGGCCAGGGAAGCGGAAUUGGCCAGGGAAGUGGAAUUGGCCAGGGCAACAGUAUUGGUCACGGCAUUGGCCAGGGAAGUAGUAUUGGUCGUGGCAUUGGCCAGGGAAGUGGAACUGGCCAGGGCAGCAGUAUUGGUUACGGCAUUGGACAGGGAAGUAAUAUUGGUCGUGGCAUUGGCCAGGGAAGUGGAAUUGGCCAGGGCAGCAUCAAGGGAGGCAGCAUUGGCCAGGGAAGUAAUAUUGGUCGUGGCAUUGGCCAGGGCAGCAGUAUUGGUCACGGUUUUGGCGGCAUUGGCCAGGGAAGUGGAACUGGCCAGGGCAGCAGUAUUGGUCACGGCAUUGGCCAGGGAAGUAGUAUUGGUCGUGGCAUUGGCCAGGGAAGCGGAAUUGGCCAGGGUAGUAGUAUUGGUCACGGUAUUGGCGGCAUUGGCCAGGGAAGUGGAAUUGGCCAGGGCAACAGUAUUGGUCACGGCAUUGGCCAGGGCAACAGUAUUGGUCACGGCAUUGGCCAGGGCAACAGUAUUGGUCACGGCAUUGGCCAGGGCAACAGUAUUGGUCACGGCAUUGGCCAGGGAAGUAGUAUUGGUCGUGGCAUUGGCCAGGGAAGCGGAAUUGGCCAGGGCAGCAUUAUUGGUCACGGCAUUGGCCAGGGAAGUAGUAUUGGUCGUGGCAUUGGCCAGGGAAGCGGAAUUGGCCAGGGCAGCAUUAUUGGUUACGGUAUUGGCGGUGUUCGUCAGGGGAGCAUCAAGGGAGGCAGCAUUGGACAGGGAAGUGGAAUUGGCCAGGGUAGUAGUAUUGGUCACGGUAUUGGCGGCAUUGGCCAGGGAAGUGGAAUUGGCCAGGGUAGUAGUAUUGGCCACGGUAUUGGUGGCGUCGGCCAGGGCAGGGGAAUUGGCCAGGGCCCCGGUAUUGGUUAUGGUGUGGGCCAGGGCAGUGGAGUUGGCCAAGGUGUGAGCCAGGGCAGCGUUGUUGGCCAGGGCAGCAGUCAGGGCACCAGUAUUGGCCAAGGUGUGAGCCAGGGCAGCGUUGUUGGCCAGGGCAGCAGUCAGGGCACCAGUAUUGGCCAAGGUGUGAGCCAGGGCAGCGUUGUUGGCCAGGGCAGGAUUCAGGGCACCAGUAUUGGCCAAGAUGUGAGCCAGGGCAGCGUUGUUGGCCAGGGCACCAGUAUUGGCCAAGGUGUGAGCCAGGGCAGCGUUGUUGGCCAGGGCAGCAGUCAGGGCACCAGUAUUGGCCAAGGUGUGAGCCAGGGCAGCGGACUGGGCCAGGGCAGUGGAAUUGGCCAAGGUGUUAGCCAGGGCAGCGUUGUUGGCCAGGGCACCAGUAUUGGCAAAGGUGUGAGCCAGGGCAGCGUUGUUGGCCAGGGCAGGAUUCAGGGCACCAGUAUUGGCCAAGGUGUGAGCCAGGGCAGCGUUGUUGGCCAGGGCAGCAGUCAGGGCACCAGUAUUGGCCAAGGUGUGAGCCAGGGCAGCGGACGGGGCCAGGGCAGUGGAAUUAGCCAAGGUGUUAGCCAGGGCAGCGUUGUUGGCCAGGGCAGCAGUCAGGGCACGGUCAUUGGCCAAGGUGUGGGCCAGGGUAGCGGACGGGGCCAGGGCAGUGGAAUUGGCCAAGGUGUUAGCCAGGGCAGUGUUGUUGGCCAGGGCAGCAGUCAGGGCACCAGUAUUGGCAAAGGUGUUAGCCAGGGCAGCGUUGUUGGCCAGGGCAGCAGUCAGGGCACCAGUAUUGGCCAAGGUGUGGGCCAGGGCAGCGUUGUUGGCCAGGGCAGCAGUCAGGGCACCAGUAUUGGCCAAGGUGUGAGCCAGGGCAGCGUUGUUGGCCAGGGCAGCAGUCAGGGCACCAGUAUUGGCCAAGGUGUGAGCCAGGGCAGCGUUGUUGGCCAGGGCAGCAGUCAGGGCAUCAGUAUUGGCCAAGGUGUGAGCCAGGGCAGCGUUGUUGGCCAGGGCACCAGUAUUGGCCAAGGUGUGAGCCAGGGCAGCGUUGUUGGCCAGGGCAGCAGUCAGGGCACCAGUAUUGGCCAAGGUGUGAGCCAGGGCAGCGGACUGGGCCAGGGCAGUGGAAUUGGCCAAGGUGUUAGCCAGGGCAGCGUUGUUGGCCAGGGCAGCAGUCAGGGCACCAGUAUUGGCCAAGAUGUGAGCCAGGGCAGCGUUGUUGGCCAGGGCACCAGUAUUGGCAAAGGUGUGAGCCAGGGCAGCGUUGUUGGCCAGGGCAGGAUUCAGGGCACCAGUAUUGGCCAAGGUGUGGGCCAGGGCAGCGGAGUUGGCCAAGGUGUGGGCCAGGGCACCAGUAUUGGCCAAGGUGUGAGCCAGGGCAGCGUUGUUGGCCAGGGCAGCAGUCAGGGCACCAGUAUUGGCCAAGGUGUGAGCCAGGGCAGCGGACUGGGCCAGGGCAGUGGAAUUGGCCAAGGUGUUAGCCAGGGCAGCGUUGUUGGCCAGGGCAGCAGUCAGGGCACCAGUAUUGGCCAAGAUGUGAGCCAGGGCAGCGUUGUUGGCCAGGGCACCAGUAUUGGCAAAGGUGUGAGCCAGGGCAGCGUUGUUGGCCAGGGCAGGAUUCAGGGCACCAGUAUUGGCCAAGGUGUGAGCCAGGGCAGCGUUGUUGGCCAGGGCAGCAGUCAGGGCACCAGUAUUGGCCAAGAUGUGAGCCAGGGCAGCGUUGUUGGCCAGGGCACCAGUAUUGGCAAAGGUGUGAGCCAGGGCAGCGUUGUUGGCCAGGGCAGGAUUCAGGGCACCAGUAUUGGCCAAGGUGUGGGCCAGGGCAGCGGAGUUGGCCAAGGUGUGGGCCAGGGCAGCGGAGUUGGCCAAGGUGUGGGCCAGGGCAGCGGAGUUGGCCAGGGCAGCAGUCAGGGCAUCAGUAUUGGCCAAGGUGUGGGCCAGGGCAGCGGAGUUGGCCAAGGUGUGGGCCAGGGCAGCGGAGUUGGCCAAGGUGUGGGCCAGGGCAGCGGAGUUGGCCAAGGUGUGGGCCAGGGCACCAGUAUUGGCCAAGGUGUGAGCCAGGGCAGCGUUGUUGGCCAGGGCAGCAGUCAGGGCACCAGUAUUGGCCAAGAUGUGAGCCAGGGCAGCGUUGUUGGCCAUGGCACCAGUAUUGGCAAAGGUGUGAGCCAGGGCAGCGUUGUUGGCCAGGGCAGGAUUCAGGGCACCAGUAUUGGCCAAGGUGUGGGCCAGGGCAGCGGAGUUGGCCAAGGUGUGGGCCAGGGCAGCGGAGUUGGCCAAGGUGUGGGCCAGGGCAGCGGAGUUGGCCAAGGUGUGGGCCAGGGCAGCGGAGUUGGCCAAGGUGUGGGCCAGGGCAGCGGAGUUGGCCAGGGCAGCAGUCAGGGCAUCAGUAUUGGCCAAGGUGUGGGCCAGGGCGGCGGAGUUGGCCAAGGUGUGGGCCAGGGCGGCGGAGUUGGCCAAGGUGUGGGUCAGGGCGGCGGACGGGGCCAGGGAAGCGGAAUUGGCCAAGGUGUGGGUCAGGGCGGCGGACGGGGCCAGGGAAGCGGAAUUGGCCAAGGUGUGGGUCAGGGAAGCAGCCAGGGCCCCGGUAUUGGUCAUGGUGUGGGCCAGGGCAGUGGAGUUGGCCAAGGUGUGGGCCAGGGCAGCGUUGUUGGCCAGGGCAGCAGUCAGGGCACCAGUAUUGGCCAAGGUGUGAGCCAGGGCAGCGUUGUUGGCCAGGGCAGCAGUCAGGGCACCAGUAUUGGCCAAGGUGUGAGCCAGGGCAGCGGACGGGGCCAGGGCAGUGGAAUUAGCCAAGGUGUUAGCCAGGGCAGCGUUGUUGGCCAGGGCAGCAGUCAGGGCACCAGUAUUGGCAAAGGUGUUAGCCAGGGCAGCGUUGUUGGCCAGGGCAGCAGUCAGGGCACCAGUAUUGGCCAAGGUGUUAGCCAGGGCAGCGUUGUUGGCCAGGGCAGCAGUCAGGGCACCAGUAUUGGCCAAGGUGUGGGCCAGGGCAGCGUUGUGGGCCAGGGCAGCGUUGUGGGCCAGGGCAGCGGAGUUGGCCAAGGCGUGGGCCAGGGCAGCGGAGUUGGCCAAGGCGUGGGCCAGGGCAGCGGAGUUGGCCAAGGCGUGGGCCAGGGCAGCGGAGUUGGCCAAGGCGUGGGCCAGGGCAGCGGAGUUGGCCAAGGCGUGGGCCAGGGCAGCGGAGUUGGCCAAGGCAGCGGAGUUGGCCAAGGUGUGGGUCAGGGCAGCGGACGGGGCCAGGGUGUGGGUCAGGGCAGCGGACGGGGCCAGGGUGUGGGUCAGGGCAGCGGACGAGGCCAGGGAAGCGGAAUUGGCCAAGGUGUGGGUCAGGGAAGCAGCCAGGGCAGCGGUAUUGGCCAAGGUGUGAGUCAGGGCAGCGUUGUUGGUCAGGGCAGCGUUGUGGGCCAGGGAAGCAGCCAGGGUACUGGUAUCGGCCAGGGUAGUGGACUAGGUCAGGGCAGUGGAAUUGGCCAAGGUGUGGACCAGGGCAGUGGAAUUGGCCAGGGAAGCAACCAGGGCUCCGGUAUUGGUCAUGGUAUGGGCCAGGGAAGUGGACAGGGCCAAGGUGUGGGCCAGGGCAGUGGACGGGCCCAGGGCAGUGGUGUUGCUCAAGGUGUGGGCCAGGAUAGCGUUGUGGGCCAGGAUAGCGUAGUGGAUCAAGGUGUGGGUCAAGAUAGCGUAGUGGGCCAGGAUAGCGUAGUGGAUCAAGGUGUGGGCCAGGAUAGCCUAGUGGGCCAAGGUAGCAGCCAGGGCACCGGAAUUGGUCAUUGUGUUGGCCAGGGAAACAGCCAGGGCAGCAGUAUAGGCCAGGAAAGUUAAUGGGGAAGUGGUAUUGGCCAGGGAAGCAUUCGAGGGAAUUGUCAGGGAUGUGGUCAAGGAAAUGGUCAUGGGAAUUUUGCAUGACACUUACUGGAGAUCUUUUCCAAUUCAGUGCUCUAAACCAUUUAAGCAAACCAAGGAAAAGAUGCCAAGUGAAUGGUUUCUGUCUCUUCCCCCAACUACCACCACCUCAAAUAAAAAAC